AUGGUGCCCUCGCGCUCCGGCUCCGGCCCAUCUGGCCCCCCAUCCCGGCCCAUCACUCCCGGCCCGUCAACAGGGGAAGCGGCGGCGCCCGCGCGCCUCAAGUUCAAGCCCAAGAUGCCUAUUCGGCGCGCUGCCGCCGAGCCCGAAGUCAAGGUCGAGCCUGUCGCUAUGCGCGGUGGGCGCGGCCGUGGCGUCGGCGUCAUGCGAGGACGAGGCGCGCCGCGCGGUCGUGGCGGUGCUCGUGGCGCUGCGCCACUGGUGACGGUCGCAGCCGGCCCGUUCGGCGGAACCCGUCCUGCUGGAGUGAUCCGCCGCGUGAUCCCGCCACCACCCCCCCGCAACUUCAUGGCCGACGUAACGAGCGCCGAAGUCUACUCGGACAACGAGGAAGGCCCGUCGCGCGGCGGCGGCGUCAUCGACAUCGAGGCGGUGAGCGGGCUCGGCGAGAGCGCACCGACGAGCGUGUAUCGCGAGCGCGACUUGGAUGGCGGCAAGGCCAAGGCGAAGGCCGCGGACAAGGCGAAGCUGAAGGAAAUGAAGCGGCGGAAGAAGGCAGCGCGCGCAGCGCGCGAAGCACACCUCUCGUCGGGCGUCGCCGCCCCGCGGAUAAAGGACGAGCCGGUGUCGCCGUCCGCGGCGCUUCCGCACCUGCCGGAGGUGCGGCACGGGGACAGCAUGAUGGCUGCGGACCUCGAGCAGGACCGGGACGCGCAGGCGCGCCGCCUCGAGGCUCCCGGUAUGUCGCGCGAGAUCAGCGGCGUCAGCACGCUGUCGGAGACGCCGGAUGUGGACGCGGCCAACGCGCUCGACCUCAGCGAGAGCGAGGACGAGGAGUACGAGGAGGAUAUGGAGGGCGACUUCGUCUUCGUCCCCGGGCUGGAUAACCCCGAGGACAAGCUAUUCACUUUCCAGUUCCCGAGCAUGUUCCCGCGGUUCACGAGUCGUGAGCAGGUGCCCGAAGAGGACAAGGAGAAGAAGGAGGAGGUCAAGCCAACACUGGCGGCGCGUAAGGCCAAGAAGCUCCUGCCGCCGCCGGAGGGGCGUGUUGGCACGCUCUGUGUGAUGAAGAGCGGCAAGGUCAAGCUUGUGCUCGGCGAGGGCGAGCAGGCGAUUGUGAUGAAUGUCAACGCCGGUGUGCCCUCGACUUUCCUAACGCAGCUUGUGCACGUCGACAGCAAGAAGCACUCCACGACGGUGCUCGGCGAAGUGCACAAGAGCUACACGGUCAUGCCGGACGUCGAGCGCCUGCUGGACCAGCUGUUCCUGAACGGCGGCGAGACGCCCGGCGACCGUGAGCGCGCCGCGCAGCGCGAAGCGCGGCGUCUGGCGGCCGAGCGCGGCCUCGUCAAGAUGGAGCCGAGCUCGCCAUGA